GCUACAAAUUUGUUUCGCUCUUUUUUGUGUUUGGCUAUAAUUCUCUAGCUUUGGGCCACGCCGCCUUGUCCGACCUGGCAACACUGGUAUCAUGAAGCAUCGUGGAGGAUGUUUUGAAGCUUUCGCUUUUUGAAUAGGCCGUAGUGAUCUGUUUUUUGGCAUCUAGUUUCACGUUGGUUGAAAAGUGUGCGGGUGCGGAGACUACCUUACACGAGUUCCACUCCAUCUUGCGCUUAUCACGCCAUGCGCUCACCUGGUCGGUUUGUAGCAAACUGAGAACGGAGCAUGGCAAGCGUGAUGCAUUCGCACGCUGACAGCAACAAUGCGGCGGCCGACGCGCUCAAGGACUUGCGUCUUUUUCUCGCGGGCACCUCUAGCUACGACAGCAAGGUUCGAGGUGCGGAUGUGGCCAAGGCGGCGAUACGGCUGCUCAAGACACUGCCCGUGGCGCGCGAGGCCGUGCUCGAGUACAUGCACAACCUCUUCGACGACGCCGUCAACCGGCACAUCAUGCGGCUCGACUCCGAGGAGACCGGCGUGCCCGUCGAGCUCGAAGAACACGACGUGGCCGUCGAAGAGGUGCAGCGAGUUCUAUCCGGCUUCAUCAAGAGCAACCUGGGUGCCUGGGCGCCUAUCAUAUCGAGCUGGUCGCUGGAGCUGCUCGGCCACCUGACGCGAAAGUACGCCGACCGUCGCAUCGUCCACUACUCGUCCAGCCUGCCCGAGGUGUUGCAGAUGUGGAUGGCGUGCCCGCCGACGCGCACGCUGAUCGACCUGACGACCCAGUGCCUGUCGACGCUGAUCGACACCAACCCGGACAAGUGCAUCGACACGCUGCUCGAGACGUCGGUGCAGCACUCGCCGCACUUCGACUGGGUGGUGGCGCACAUAGGCUCUUGCUUCCCGCACACGGUCAUCACGCGCGUGCUCGCCUGCGGCCUCAAGGACUUCAUCAGCCACGAGGACGAGGCGAUGGGCGCCGUCGAGAGGAACGUGCCCAAGCUCGCCUCGGUCGUCGGCAUCCUGGGCCACCUGGCCGGACAGCACGCGGCCGACAUUCGGCGCGCGCUCGUGGCGCUCAUGCAGGAGAGCUUCGCCGCGAACCCGACGCGCGAGCAGCUCGCCACCAUCCCCUUCCUGCUUCAGCUGGCGUCCAUGUCCGAGCACCUGCUCAACGCCGUCGUCUCCGAGUUCACCAAAGUCCUGUCAGCGGACACACUCAAUAAGCUGUCAACAUUGAUGGGCAAAUGGGAGUCGGCCAAGAUCCCCGGCACCCGAGACCUGCUGAGCCUGACCGUCGUACUCAUUGUGCAGAGCGGCUCAGGCGAUCUGCGCUUCCUUAGCCAGAUUUUGGACAUUGCAUCUGGCGAGAGCGAAUUCUCCUCGGCACUGCUGCCUGCGGUUCCCAACGCAGCUGGUAUGCUGCUGGACAGUGUACUGCUGGAGAUGCAGCAGCGGGUGUUCGCAGGAGCAACCGAGAUCCCACUCUUGUCAGCACUAGAGGCCCGGCUACCCGAGCUGUGUGGCUGGCUGCAGCGCACACGCUGUGGGCCCCGCACCAUGUGGCUCUGGAAUGUGCUGUCCCUCAUAUGUGUCCACCGCAAGGAGAAGACAACCCUCACGGUGCUCAGUCACCUACUGGGCCGCAUCCGUGGUUCCACUGAGCUGCUCUUCUUUCAGGCGUUGAUCUACCAGGUCGAGGUGGUUCACGUGAACUGCCUGACCCACACCAUCUCGCAUCUAAUGGCUGAAUUGCGAUCAGGCCGAGUCCCUAACCCCACCCAGUUGGUUGAGAACCUCAAGAAACUCAGCGGCAAUGCUCAGGUUGGUCUACGUGUUAGCAGCACUGUCUGCAAGUUCGCCGAGGUCUUGGCUGAGCAGAUGCAGCUGUCCUCUGACCUGACGUACGCCGAUGCUGUGGCGGAGCUACUCUCCACGUCUGUGCAGCCAGAGGCCAUGUCCCCCACAGCCGUGGUCAAGGUGGCCGCAGCAGCUGUUGCCUACUUCUUCGCCAUUGUCUGCAAUCCGGCUCACUACGGGCCGUCGCGCAAGUACACGGCCGCCUGCGUCUGCUUCCGUCUGCUGUCCACGCUGUGCACGCGCUCCGUUGCACAACACUUGGCACUCCGCAAUUUGCUCUCUGGGGCACUUGACAACAAGGUCUCUUGGCGAUUUGGCUCGUGCCCACGACGGAGCACUGAAGUGUCCCUGCGGCGACCUCGCUUUGUGCACCUCCUUGACGAGAACCAGAAGUUCGCCACGUCCAUCAACUUCCCGCAGAGCCACUCGUCCAUAGUGCGUGUUGGUGUCAUUGGCUCUGGGCUGCGAAGCGUGCCUCCGUCGCCGCCCAUCGCAGAUCAAGAGGUGGUGUUGAACAAGCAGCUCCUGCUGGAAGCGAUCACGGCAUGUUGCGCCCUGCCGUGGCGCAAUGACAGGCCAUCACCCACGCGGACUUCCCCCGUUGGUGGCAUGAAAAUCGUUGCACUGCUCUUAGUCGAGAUGAUAUCGUCGGAUGUCAUGUUCAACGGGCUUCCUUGGCCAGAUGAAGAUUUCCUCAAGGUGACCAUCGAGCGUGACCUUCACAUCCAGGCCAUGUUUGUGGAUCACCCAAUUCUGUGGGACCUCCUGCGACUGGUGGCAUCAGUGCGGCCGUCGCUGUGCUACUGCAGUGUCCUCCUCCGUGCCGUCAUGGCCGUCGCGAUGACCCACUGGCGCAACUGCCAGGAGAAGGCAGCCGCCUCGAGCCCCAAACAUCUCGAGACCACCCGCACGGUGCUACGCAUCAUGUCUUUGGGCCAGCUGCUCCCGCCAGCCAUGAACAGUCUCGGUGAGGUGCUGCCGCUCUUGAGCCCCUUCGAAGUCUUCUGCGUGUUGUCGGAUGUCUGGCAGUACAUGCGGAACAACGUCCCCAGCCCGGCACUGUUCACACAGAAGAACCCCACGACUGGUGAGCUGUGGCGCGAGUUCAAGGCACCCGCCGCAGACCUCAAGUACAUGGAGCGGCUGAGAGCCAUCAUGAUCAGCAACAUACAGACGUGCGGACUGAUCUUCCAGAAGUUCUUCAGUGUCGACACAUGAAACUGGUGUGAAUGUGGACCUUGCUGAAUGUUGAAAGUGCUGGUCAUUAAGGACCCUAGGUUCGGUAUGCCACCAAUGGUUGCAACAUGUCAUGUAAUGUUACAUCAGCAUGGCUGUCUAAUACCAGUGUUACAUGGCCACUUCCGAUCAAGUCCAAUUUGGAUUGAAUUUCUUAAUCUCUAUCAAAAAUUAUUGCUUCUACACGGUCCAGUUCAGAUUUAGUUUGGAUGAGUUCAAGUACACCAGGUGCCAUUAGUGGGUCCAAACUACUUAUCAGAUUUCCCUAAUACGCUGCAAAAAUUGCAAUAUAAAAUGUUUUUUUUUCUAGGAAAUGUUUCAUUUCUCAUUGUGGGUAAGGCUGUCGUCUGCUGAUAGUCGGCCGCCCUCAGAACUACAUGAUCAUCAGCCUAUGAUCAUCAUCUAGAGGAUCUAUCGCCAUGCAGGGAUUGUGAUUGUCUGGAUUCAUAGUGAGCAAGAUCACAAUCAAAAGUGGCCAUGUAGCAACACUAUACCUGAGUCGAGCUCAAUCCAAAUCGGGCCCAAGCGCAAUCGAAAGUGACCAUGUGACACUGGUAUGAGGCUGUUUUUACUGUAUGAAGUAGUUGGCUCCUUUGCAGAUGUUUGUAAGCCGGUCUCGUGCCACUUAUGUGUCAUGGUUUUUUAUUGUGCUCAAAUUAGGAACUAAGAAAUCAGUUCCUAUUUGUUCUGUUCCUCAGAGCUGCGAUACAUUUUCAAUAAAAUAAUCGCUCUACCACA